AUGUCGCGGGACGCCAAGAAACAGGCGCCCUUGCCGUACGAGGACUGGUGGCAGACGGUGGGCCGCCGAACGCUCCGACGUCGGAGAGAAGUGGUCUUCCAAACGGGCAGAGCGCCCAUCAAUCUUCCGCCACACCCAGCACGUUUGGAGCUGAUUCGUGACGUGGCUCCCUUUUCCGAAGACUUCAGCGGCACCAGCACAGCACAGCUGUUAACACAUACGGCGCCAGCGGGGUUCUUUGGAGCCAAGACCGGAGUUCAGGGCCGUCACAUACAAAAAUCAUCGUUGCCGCGGUCUUUUUCUGGGGAGUGCUGUCAAGUGAUCAAUGACCAAGCACCCAUCGAGUUCUUUGAUUCUUUGGCCGUGUACCGGAGCUGUCCUCUGUUCCAGCGAUGUUCUCCCGGCUUCAUCCAAAAGUUGAUGUCGGUCGGGGGAAAGAGCGCAUGCCAUGGGAAGAUCUUCGAGUGUGGCUCGACCAUCUACCCGGAAGGGCAGAGAGGCAGCUGCAUGUACCUCAUCGUGCGGGGGACGAUUGCCUUAGUCCCAGCUUCCAAGCUCCUGGGACCAGGUGACUGCAUUGGUGUUGCGCAAGGCUUGGGUGUCGUGGCAGAACGCCAAGAGACGGCCAUCGCAGAAACCUCCGUGCAUGUCCUGGAGAUCACUCUGUCGGCUCUUACAACCAUUUUCACGGAGAAAGAGGAAUUUCACUCUUCGACCUGUUUUGGUGGAGAGUCCUGGGGUAACUACUACAUCCACGAGCGUCGCUUGUUCGAGUUGGAGGCGCGUCGCCUGCGGGUGGAAAAGGCCGCGAAGACGCGGCGGAUGAAACGCGAGGCCACGGACACCACGAAGGCGACAAAGACUUUGAAGAGACCUACCGUGCAAUUGAAAAAGCAUCACGCUGAAGAAUCGGAUCCCGUGCCAGAGCUCCGGCCUCCAGCCAAUCCGCCGCAUAUUAGCUGCCUACAGCAUCCCAGGCAAUGGCGGCAACAAGUGCAGAAGUUGCAGCGGGAGUUGAUCGAUGGUGACUUCAGUGAAUUCGGUCGUGCUCGACGUGAAGCCUUUCUGCAAAGUUUGUCCGCAAGCCUCACUCAGGACUUUAACAGCGGCUACCAGCAGCCCUUGGAUUCGCCCUUCCGGGCUGCCAUGGAGGACAGACACACGCCUCAGCUCGAGGAGGAAAUCGAAGAAGUCACUUCCGGGAUGUUGGAGCUUUCCCUGUUGCCAGGUUUUCCAGAGAUGAGUUGCAAGCAGAAGGUGGACCUCUUCCAGCAUAUGAAUGCUCAAAACAAGGCGCAUGCAUCGUCGCCGGCACGACGAUGA